AUGGAGAAGGAUGAGAUCCACCUGCGCAGGCUGCCGCCCGCCGCGCCCUGGGGACCGCACACAGACCACAGGGAGUUUCAUGGGGUGGAUUUUCUGCCAGAAGAUCUCAACAAAGCUCCAGAGGAGCCAGGGAUGAGGGUGAACAAGAAGUACUCCUGUCUGCCUGCUGAGGAGAAGGGCAUCCACAUCAUCAACAUCCGAGCUAUCGAGGAUAUAGGCUAUGACCAGCACGAGAGCACAUUAUUAAAUUCCCUCUCCAAAAACCCAGAUGCUGACUGCAAAUAUGGACUCUACUUCAGAGAUGGCAAGAGGAAAGUAGACUACAUCCUAGUUUACCACUACAAGAAGUCCUCCUCAGCAAAGACGCUCAGCAGGAAAGUUCAUCACAACGAUUCUGGUGUCCAAAGCACCAAGAAGGACCAGCCCCUUCCUGGGAAGGGAGUGCAGCUGGAAAUGGGGGAAGGUGAACCCCAGGUGGAUUACCAUGAAGAUGACAAGAGGUUUCGCAGGGAGGAGUACGAAGGGAACCUCGUGGAGGCUGGGCUGGAACUGGAACGCGACGAGGAUACUAAAAUCCAUGGGAUUGGGUUUGUGAAAAUACACGCCCCGUGGAACGUCUUGUGCCGGGAGGCAGAAUUUCUUAAGCUCAAGAUGCCCACGAAGAAGAUGUACCAGAUCAAUCAGACCCACGGGCUUCUGAAGAAGAUCAACUCUGUGGCUCAGAAGAUAACGGAGCCCAUCCAGCCAAAAGUGGCAGAGCACAAACUUCAGACGGUGAAGCGUCUCUCCUACCCCUUCUCCAGGGAGAAGCAGCACUUAUUUGAUUUGUCUGACAGAGAUUCCUUCUUUGACAGCAAAACCAGAAGCACCAUAGUUUAUGAAAUAUUGAAAAGGACAACAUGUACCAAAGCAAAAUACAGCAUGGGGAAAGGAGAGGGAAGAAAGAAGGAAAGUGCCCUCUUAAAUAAAAGACGAAAGUGUGGUAAAUAUGGUAUCACCAGUUUGCUUGCCAACGGAGUUUACAGUGCUGCUUAUCCUUUGCAUGAUGGUGACUAUGAAGGUGAAAAUGUGGAGCCCAAUGACAGGAAACUGCUGUGUGAGGAGUGGGCGAGCUAUGGAGUCUUCUACAAGUACCAGCCAAUUGACCUUGUGAGAAAAUACUUUGGAGAGAAGAUUGGACUUUAUUUUGCCUGGCUGGGAGUUUAUACACAAAUGCUUAUUCCAGCUUCAGUUGUAGGGAUCAUUGUUUUCCUGUAUGGCUGUGCUACCGUGGAUGAGAAUAUCCCAAGCAUGGAAAUGUGUGACGAGAGAAACAACAUCACCAUGUGCCCCUUGUGUGACAGGACAUGCAGCUACUGGAAGAUGAGCUCUGCUUGUGCCACUGCUCGUGCAAGUCACCUGUUUGAUAACCCUGCCACUGUCUUCUUCUCAGUCUUCAUGGCUCUCUGGGCUGCCACCUUUAUGGAGCACUGGAAGAGAAAACAGAUGCGUCUCAACUACAGGUGGGACCUGACUGGGUUUGAAGAGGAGGAGGAGGCAGUCAAGGACCAUCCAAGAGCAGAAUAUGAAGCUAAAGUUUUAAAAAAAUCCCUGAGGAAAGAGCACAAACAUAAAGAGACAGAUAAAGAAAAGCUGACGUGGAAGGACCGAUUUCCAGCCUAUUUAACCAAUUUUGUUGGCAUUAUCUUCAUGGUGGGGCUGACGUUUGCUAUAGUGUUUGGAGUCAUCAUCUACAGGAUCUCGACGGCAGCGGCGCUGGCCAUCAGCUCGACGCCCUCAGGCCGCUCCAGCGUCAGGGUCACCGUCACAGCCACCGCCGUCAUCAUCAACCUGGUCGUCAUCAUCAUCCUGGAUGAAGUCUAUGGCUGCAUUGCAAGGUGGCUAACUCAGAUUGAGGUGCCCAAGACUGACAAGAGCUUCGAGGAGCGGCUGAUCUUUAAGGCAUUCCUGCUGAAGUUCGUCAAUGCCUACACCCCCAUCUUCUACGUCGCCUUCUUCAAAGGCCGAUUUGUUGGACGUCCAGGAGACUAUGUCUACAUUUUCCAUUCCUUCCGAAUGGAAGAGUGUGCUCCAGGUGGUUGCCUAAUGGAGCUGUGCAUCCAGCUCAGUAUCAUCAUGUUGGGCAAGCAGCUGAUUCAGAACAACCUGUUUGAGAUUGGCAUCCCGAAAAUGAAGAAAUUCAUACGCUACCUGAAGCUGAAACGCCGCCACUCCCUGGACCACGAAGAGCACGUGAAGAGGAAACAGCGCUACGAGGUGGACUACAACCUGGAGCCCUUUGCUGGACUGACCCCUGAGUACAUGGAAAUGAUUAUCCAGUUUGGGUUUGUGACUCUGUUCGUCGCAUCCUUCCCCCUGGCUCCUCUCUUUGCUUUGUUGAACAACAUCAUUGAGAUCCGUCUGGACGCAAAGAAGUUUGUCACUGAGCUGAGGAGGCCGGUGGCAGUCAGAGCAAAGGACAUAGGAAUCUGGUAUAAUAUCCUCAGAGGAAUUGGGAAACUUGCUGUCAUCAUAAAUGCAUUUGUGAUCUCAUUCACAUCUGACUUCAUUCCACGCCUCGUGUACCUGUACAUGUACAGUGAGAAUGGCACCAUGCAUGGCUUCGUCAACCAUACGCUAUCCUCUUUUAAUGUCAGCGAUUUCCAAGCAGGAACAGCUCCAAACGACCCCCUGGAUCUUGGCUACGAGGUUCAGAUAUGCAGGUACAAAGAUUAUCGAGAACCCCCCUGGUCUGAGAACAAGUAUGACAUCUCCAAGGAUUUCUGGGCUGUCCUAGCAGCAAGAUUAGCAUUUGUGAUCGUUUUCCAGAACUUGGUCAUGUUUAUGAGUGACUUUGUGGACUGGAUUAUCCCAGACAUUCCCAAGGACAUUAGUCAGCAGAUUCAUAAAGAGAAAGUUCUCAUGGUAGAGGUCUUCAUGAGAGAAGAGCAAGGGAAGCUGCAAAUGCUAGAAACGUGGAAAGACAAGGAGAAGAAAAAAGGUGAAAACUGUAACAACCACAGCCCCAGGCUCACCAGAAGCCGCAGUGGGAGCUUGUCCUCCUGCCACUCCUAUCCCCUGGAGGUGUAG